AUGUUGUGUUUUAAAAUUGUCUUUUCAUUUUUAUUCUUAUUGUCAAGUACUUUUGCUUGUUUCAAGUCUAUAAAAAGUCAAUAUCCAAAAGAUAGAAGUGGAUGUUGUCCUCAUGUUGAUGAAUAUAAUUUACCCAGAAGUGAACCACCUAUAAAUUCAACAAGUUAUGGAUGGAGUAAUAGUUCUGGUUUGAAAUAUUUUGAAGAAAUUGUAUGUCCUAUGUAUGCUAUUUAUGAAUGUAGUCUUAAUAAACAUAAAUACGGAAGUAAAGUAGUUAUUCAAUUUGUGCAAGAAAAUGAUACAAUCAUACAUGAAGAUACUGGUGAAAAGAAUGUAAGUAUAUUAAUAAAAUGUAUAAAUGGAAAGUGGAUAUUAAAUGAUAAAACAUUUUCAAGUGUGACCUGUACACAAAAUUAA